GCUUAUAGUCAGAUGAAGGGAGAGGAGGGGCAGCUGGGGCAGUGACAUGCAGCUGUGAUAAGCAUAUGUGCGGUCACUACGAGGCACUGAGGGAGUGACACGCAUCCACCAUGAGCAAGCUGUUCAAAAUGGUCAUCCUGGGGGCGCCGGGGUCAGGCAAGGGCACCAUCUCCUCCAGGAUCGUGAGGGACUUCGGCCUCAAACACAUGUCCAGCGGCGACAUCCUCAGGUCACAGGUGCUCAAGAGGACCGAUGUUGGGCAAGAAGCAGAGAAGUACAUGAAGGCUGGGAAGCUGGUGCCUGAUGAGACGAUGGUCAAACUGAUCUCAUCUGAACUGUCCGUCCUGAAGACCUCCACCUGGCUUCUGGAUGGCUUCCCUCGCACACGGCCACAGGCAGAGGCUCUUGAUCAGCAUGAGAAGCUUGACUUGGUACUGAGCCUUGAGGUCCCAGAUGAGGUGAUAAUAGAACGUAUCAAGGGCCGCUGGACACACCUGCCCUCAGGAAGGAUUUAUCACACUGAGUUUAAUCCGCCCAAAGUACCGGGCAAGGAUGACGUGACUGGAGAGCCGCUGGUCCAGAGGGAGGAUGACAAGGCUGAGUCAGUGCGGCGGCGUCUGGAAUAUUAUGCAGCCAAUACAGGGCCUCUAAAGAAAUUUUAUGAGGAGCAAGGGCUUCUUGAAUGCUUCCACGGCACUAUGUCAAAUGAAAUAUAUCCACGUGUCCACAAAUACCUCCAGACCUACAUACCAGCUCAUGGAGGACCAUUUUAAUUGCUAGGUGCUCACAGCUUAUUGGCUCAGGCUGGUGUGGCCUCUCAAGUUACUAACAGGAGGUGCUAAAUUGUGAUUGUGUAUAGUAGUUAAAACUGUUAUCAUUGCUUCUGGUCCUGUUUUCAAAUUCUUUAAUGAUUUAUGCAUUCUAGAAUUGGUUGUGUUGAGUGGCAUUCCUGAGGUUAGAUUUAUGAGCUUUGAGUAUCGUGAAGUAUUGGAGAAUGUGAUAGAAGGAUAGAAGGUGGAUGAGAAAUUAGGAUCAGGUGUUUGAAGUUGAGUCAUGUUAAGGUGCGUCUCAUAAUACACGUUGGUGCUGAUCUAUCGGGGUUAUGUUCAUCAUAACUGAUUAUUCAUGUCAGUAAAUAAUGCUUUGUGACUUUCUCCACUGUCUUGUUUUCAUUGUGUAAAUUUCUAAUAAUUUUUAUCAUUCCAGUUGCAGCUUCUUUACAUUGUGAGUCAAUGAAUAACUGCCUUACAAGAAAUACAGUUCAAUAAUAAGUGCCAUACAUUUCACAAUUAGAUUGCAAUGUUUAUUGGUAUGGCAUCAUGGGAUUAAUUUUUUCAUGAUAUGGAAUUUGCUUCACUAGAAAUGUGGAAUAAUAGAAUUAUUUAAUGGCACUCCAGAGCCACUAUUAGUAUUAUGGUCAUUAUUUUCAUUCAAAUCUAAUAUUGAGGGAACUGCAUUGUCCUUCCUUACCAGAUUUAUCUCAUUGUUAACGAAAUUUAUGUUUUCCACAAAAUCGUGUAAAUUUUUCCCUUAACUGUUCUCUUCCAUAUUUGUUUUCCCUUUACUCUCUUUCCUUUAUUAAUGAUGCCAUAUGUGUGAUCUGCCACAUACCCAUAAUUUUUAUGGCAUAGAAAUGAUCCAAAGUUCAAAAACAGAAAAUCCACUUAGAUUCUCACAGGCUCUCAUACAUUUGAAUCUCCAAAGUUCACUGCCAUAAACUCGGAGUACAACAUUUAUAGCAAAUUUCACCGCAUUACCCUGAGUCAUUCCAGUUUCUAAGUCAGAGGAGUAUAACCCUUCUUUCCUGCAUUCCUAACAAACCUCUUCCUUCCACUGUGAGACUGAAAUGUGAUUGUUUAGUCAUAUUUUAAAUUUCUGAGCCAUAAGUAACAUUUUCUAUUUUAUUUACAAAAGUGUAGGAUUGAUGUGAUUAUCAAGUUUUUUUCCAUUUUUGCAUACCAAGGAAAUUGACGUGUAGCUUGUGGCACCAGGUUUGGUAUGGCCUGAGAAGAGGUUUGGGUGUUGUUAGGUGGGUGCUUUGUGUUUAGAAGUGUGUUGUUCCUCGUGAUCCUCGUGUAUUUAUUAAUAUUGUCAUGGGUGCUUUUAUUGUUGAUUUUAGUAAGUAAUUAGUUUUGGACACUAGAAGAUUCUUAAAAGUGCCUUGUAAUACCUCAUGCUCUAUGUUAUUUUUAAGUUCUGCAGAAGUGAUAGGAAAAUAUUGACUAAAGAAUUCUCUUGUCCAAGUUGUUGGGAAUUAUAUUUUAUGUAGCCGUUUAGUAAUCGUACAUGCUUUGAGUAGAAUUUUUCUUGAUUAGAUCAUGAAGAAACCUGUGCCUGUUUAUGCCUAAUUGUUACCUGUUUAGGCAAAUAUUAGAAAACUUCAAACAUUAGCAAGAGCAGAAGUGAUGGGUGCUAUUUAUAUUUGUUUCCAUGAACAAAGGACUUGUAUUUUUAUCUCAGCCUUAUUUAUUCAAAGAUUUUUUAUCUUUAAACAGAUUCAGAUGAUUGGUAACCUUAUUGCUUAGGAAGCAAGAAUUUUUUUCUUUUCAGUGAAAUUAUUAAGACCUCUAUAUAUGUAAAUUAAAAAUCAACAUGAUUUGUUAAAUCACAUGAUUCUAGCAUAGAUUGUCUGACUUUUCUACAUUCACACAGUAAGAAGUUAGCAUAAUGAACAGAAUUAGGUAAGGAUGUGAAAAUUACAUGUCCAUUUUGAAAAUGUUAUUUUUUUUAUAACUAAUCCAUCUUGUAAAACAAGACUUUACUAUAUGUCAAAGGCUCAAAGGCCAGUGAGGUCAGGAAGGGUGUUGAUGCUGCAUGCGAGUAUGGUGUGUCCCUACUCCACUUUUACUUUUACUAUGCCAUCAAUCAAUCAUUCAGUUGUUAUCCAGAUGCCCCACAACCUUAGUGGGUUGGUGGUGAUAGGUUUCUACAAGGCAACAGCCAAGUACGUCUCAGUAAUCAGUGAUCACUGAUUUUAUAGAUUAUCAUACCUAGACUCCCUUGAAGAUGGGCUUCCAAAACAGUAAUGUGUCAGGGAGUGAGUGUACUCUGAUAUAAGUUAUGCAGUAUGUAAGGGGAUGAUGGAGUAGGCAGAGGUUAGGUAACUUGCUACCUCUGGAAUGUUACGUGCAAUAUGAUCCAGGCAAGACUGGAACAACAUAUAUAGUUCUUGCACUUCAUACUGGUGUUGCUGCUUAGUCAGUUACCAUUAUCAAAUGUUGUAUUGCUUCGUCAAAUAAUCCACGUCAUCGAGCUCAAAAUGUCAAUAAACCAUAAAUUUGA